AUGCCGGACAAAAUCCCUGUUGGUCUUGUAGGCUUCGGCACGGGCUCCAGCGUCUUCCACGCGCCUUUGCUCCUGAGCUCGGGUCAGUUUCAGCUCACGCACGUGCUCGAGCGCUCAACAUGCAAAAGCCGAGUGCUAACCCCCGCUCCUCAGAUCGUUCGUUCGAUGGACGAGUUGCUCGCUACCAACGUGCUGCUCGUGGUCAUCUCCACGCCUACGACCGUGCACUUUGAGCAGGCCAAACAGGCAAUGGAAGCAAAGCGCCACGUAGUCGUGGACAAACCGCUGUGUGUUACAGCUGAGCAAGCCCGAGAGCUCUGCUCGAUUGCUGAGGCGAACAACGUGCUCUUCUCAGUCUUCCACAAUCGCCGCUUCGAUAGCGACUUCCUAACAGUAAAAAGCUUGAUUGAAAAUGACACAUUAGGACAAGUGCACAAGUUUGAGGUCCAUUACGACCGCUUCCGUCCAAACCUGAAGGGCUAUUGGAAAGAAAAGGCUGGACUUUGUGGUGGUGUACUCUACGAUCUAGGGUCGCACGUGACAGACCAGGCUCUGCAGCUCUUCGGCCAGCCUACUUCCGUCAAGGCUGACGUCCAGAUCCAACGUGAAGGCGCUGAGACCGACGACUACUUUUGUCUUGAAUUCACGUAUGAUAAGUUCCCCGAGCGAGAGGUGAUCCUGAGUGCUGGGAUGUUGGUCCAGGUCCCUAGUCCAAGGUAUACUGUGGUCGGCACUAAGGGGACAUUUGUGAAGUACGGUGAAGACGGGCAAGAGAACGCCCUUCGUGCGGGCAAGCGUCCCGGUGACGAGGGAUGGGGUCAGGAGCACGAGAGCUCAUUUGGCACGUUCACGGAUGCAGCUACUGGUAAGAUUCGUGUUAUUCCCAGUAAGCUUGGCUGCUAUGAGGUGUAUUACAAGAACAUUGCGGCAGCUAUUCGAGGAGACGAGAAGCUUUUGGUAAACCCGAAAGAAGAGGUGAUCGAUCAAAUUCGCGUCAUUGAAGAUGCGAAGAAGACUGAGCGCAUAAACCGCAUCGCAGUAUAA